AUGUCGAGGAAAAGGGUGGGGGUGCGGGGAGCGGCGGGCUUGGAGUCGCAGCCGGGGAGGCGGCGGCGGCGGCUGCUGCAAGUGUUGCUGCUCCCCUUGUUGCAGCCGCUGCAGCUGCUGCUGCUGCUGCUGCUGCCGCUGCAGCCGCUGGUUGGCCGGGCGGGAACGGGAGAGGCGAGCGUUGCAGCCGCCGUUGCAAUGGGUUUGGCCGCAGCCGUCGUCGGCAGCGUGGCGCCCGCCGGGAGGCUGGGGAGGCCGGAGCCCGGGGGGCGGGCGGCGCGGGGGGCGGUUGGCGUGCUGCUGCUGGCCCUCAGCCUGGCCGGCCCGCCCGCCGCCGUCCGGGCGACCAACGACACGGAGCCCAUCGUGCUGGAGGGCAAGUGCCUGGUGGUGUGCGACUCCAACCCGGCCACCGACUCCAAGGGCUCCGGCGCCGCCUCCUCCUCGUCGUCCUCGUCCCCCCUGGGCAUCUCCGUCCGCGCCGCCAACUCCAAGGUGGCCUUCUCGGCCGUGAGGAGCACCAACCACGAGCCGUCCGAGAUGAGCAACAAGACCAGGAUCAUCUACUUCGAUCAGAUCCUAGUAAAUGUGGGCAAUUUUUUCACAUUGGAGUCUGUCUUUGUAGCACCAAGGAAAGGAAUUUACAGUUUCAGUUUUCAUGUAAUUAAAGUCUAUCAGAGCCAAACUAUCCAGGUUAAUCUGAUGUUAAAUGGAAAACCAGUAAUUUCUGCCUUCGCUGGGGAUAAAGAUGUAACUCGUGAAGCUGCUACUAAUGGAGUCCUACUCUAUCUAGAUAAGGAGGACAAGGUGUAUCUGAAACUGGAGAAAGGUGUGGAGCAGCCAAUUCCUCUGUUAUUUGAAGAUCAUUUUAUCAUCAUUGGAUUGAUGUUUCUUUAUUGGUUUCUCAUGGGUGAAUAUGGAUUCUCUUGAAGGCUUUUGGGCCUUUCUGAACUACUCUGAAGUUUCAUAAAAUUCUGGUGUGUUUAAGUAUAUUUGGAUUAAGACAUAAAGCAGACAACACAUAUCUAUGCUUAAUGUAACGUUCUACAGCGGCCUGCAAGAUUUAUUCAGUUUUCCUUUACUGGACUUAUUGGAUUCAUUGGAGAAGUGGAAUUCUUUUGCUUUGAAACGACUGGCAACCAGGUUAUGAUUUAGGAAAAUUUCAGUUCUCACUUCAAUCAAGAAUUAGUGCGUUGCUGCCAAAGAACUGUAUAGUUACUGGUUAUCUUUGCCUUCUGAUCCCUUGGACUUAGUUUGUUUUGCUCACCCAGGGUUGUGGCUCAACAACUGGCUGUAUGUCUUCUCUACGUUUAGCGUACUGGAUGGUUCACCCAUAUAUUUAUCUCGAAUCAGUGAUCACAAACAUGGCUAUCCUAAAGGAAAUUAAUGCAUCACAGUUAUAUUUUAAUUGUACAAGUGAAAGAGUCCUAUUUUCCAAAUGAUAUUUUCUAAUAGCAAGAAUAGAUCAUAAUUCUAGAAACAAAUAAACAAAUAAAAUCCCUUGCUUACCAUUGGUAGAGGUGAUCACUCCGUAAAAUUCUGCAAAAUAGUUUCCCCCUGCGGGAAAUCUUACACUUUUAUUCUUCAAUUUUAAUUAACAUGAUUUAUAAUAACCACUUUAUUAAAAACCUAAGGGAUUCUUGCCUUAGACACAACCACUUUAUUAGCUGGAUAUGUGAUCCCCUUGUUUUUAAUUAUGUCUAUUUUUCAAGCCUUCUGUUGUGUUACAGGUAUCAUCUGGUUUUGCCUUAACUCAAAUGUAUAUAAUUGUUGAUCAUCUGUUUAGCUAAUA